CAAGACCGGGGGAACCGAACGAUCACCACGCCCGCACCACACUAACCUACACAUUGUUUUGUUUAAUAGUCUCCGUCUUCUAGACGUCGCAAAGGCACGUUGACGGACAUGCUUUAAGAUUGAACCUCCCACUCCGCACGAGCACUCGCGUCGUAUCCGUUGCCCCCCAUCCUGUCCUAUUGCGUCUCGAAGCUAUCCCGUGAAGUUCCUUAGCUUCGUCGGCCAUGGGGAAGAGGUGGCGAUGGGGUGUUAUCCUAGAUGCCGGGUCCUCCGGCACGCGUCUACAUAUCUACCGAUGGCAAGAUCCCGCAAAAGCGCUGAAAGAUGCAUCGUACCAGGAGCUGCAUAGUUUACCGAGCAUUGCCACCAAGGAGAAAUGGACCAAGAAGAUACGACCCGGCAUAUCUACCUUCGGAGACCACCCGGAGGAUGUAGGGCCGGAUCAUCUGCAAGAGUUGGUCGAGCAGGCGCUGAGAGUAAUUCCCGACGACAAACACGCGGACACUCCCAUUUUCCUGAUGGCUACCGCCGGCAUGCGAUUACUACCUCCUCUUCAGCAGCGCGCCGUGAUAACGGAGACCUGCUCGUACUUUCGCGCCAACACGCGCUUCUUCCUCCCCGACUGUGACACGCAUAUCCAGGUGAUUCCUGGCGAAACGGAAGGCCUGUAUGGGUGGAUAGCAGCCAAUUACCUGCUCGGGGGGUUUGACGACCCCGAAGGACACGCCCACGGCAAAAAUCACCACACCUACGGCUUCCUCGAUAUGGGCGGCGCCUCGGCGCAGAUCGCUUUUGCGCCAAAUGCCACCGUGGCCGAACAGCAUGGGGACGACCUCAAGCUCCUCCGAUUGCGAAGCCUAAAUGGCGCCCCCAAGGAGUACAAGGUGUUCACAUCGACUUGGCUCGGAUUCGGAGUUAACCAGGCGCGACAUCGCUAUGUCGACGCCUUGGUGAACGAGUUCCUGAUUGAUGGAGAGCACGAGGUGCCCGACCCUUGCCUACCGAGGGGCCUACGGACCACUGAGAAGGGUGAAAUCGUCAAGGGAAAGUCGAAUAAGUUGGAAUUGGUGGGAACCGGCCAAUUCGACGAAUGCCUGCGCAGGACGCAUCCCCUGCUUGGGAAGGAUGUGCCGUGCGACGACGAGCCCUGCUUACUUAACGGCCAGCACGUUCCGCCCAUCGAUUUUGACGUGAACCACUUCGUUGGCGUUUCCGAGUAUUGGCACACCACCCACGGCGUAUUCGCAGAUAGCCGCGACGAUACGGCGUACGAUUUCAAUACGUAUCAGAAGAAGGUGCUCGAGUUUUGUAGCCGGCGGUGGGAGGAUAUCGAGAUGAACAGUGGAACGCGGAAGAAGGACCACGGGAAGGAUGCGCAGGAAGCCUGUUUCAAAGCGUCCUGGCUGAUCAGCGUGCUCCACGAAGGUAUCGGCAUCCCAAGGCUCGGCAUAGAACAUACUCAGACCCCCGGGUUCAACAUCUCAAAAGGGGUCGGCGAGGCGGCCAAGGAAAAGGGCUUUCUAAGUCCUUUCCAGGCCGCCGAUGAGAUCGACAGCGUAGAAAUUAGCUGGACGCUUGGUAAGAUGGUGCUCUACGCCGCCGGCCAGGUCCCUCCUAAAGACAACUACCGCCUCCCUGUGGGGUUCGGAAGCAAUGUGAAGGGUGUCCCUUCGGAUUUCCAGCAUGCCGGGUCGAAUUACAACGCGACUUCGGCUAUCGACGACGACGACGAUUGGGCCGAUACCGCCGAGGACAUUAUAGACCACGCGAAAUCGAACUCGACUUCGGUGUUCUUCCUGUUCAUUCUGGUCUUCCUAUUCAUCGCCUUCUUUCUUCGAAAAAGGGAUCGGCGGAUGCGGCUCUACGGCAAGUUCAACCACAUACUGCGGCGGCGCCGUCGUCCGGGAAGUCCCCGAAAAGUUAGCCUCGGGCUGUCCAGCCUUACGCACAAGUUGUUCGGGCGCAGCUCGUACAAUUACGAAAGGGUACUAGAAGAGGGAGACAUUAAUCAAUUCGAACUCGGGGAGACUUCGUCGGAUGAGGGCGACUAUUCCGACAGCAGCUCCGGGGCCCCGAGACUGGGCCGGUCGUCAGGUCUAGCCACACCGAAACUCAAUGCUGGAUCCUUCGACGAUCCGAAGAAGCACGCUCAUCCCGGAAGCGCCAUGGACCGCAGCGGGCUAGUCGUCCGUACAGAAAGUCGCGAAAGGCUCUUCCCGCAAAUGCUCAACGCCGGCAGGAGAAGUCGAGCCGCCAGCCCCACGAGGCUGAAGAGCCCAUUGAUGAGCCCCCUAUCCGAGAAUUAAAUUUUUUACAUUCUAUGCCCUGUUCCCCAGAACAGUCGCGUUACAUUACCCAGGCGGAUCUCGUCAUCUGUAUAUGAUAACUUGCUUGAUCGGAGUUACGAGGAUAGGGCUGGGGACCAUGGAAAGGAGUUCGGGAUGAUACCGGGGAUAUGUAGUUUCACUCCCUUCCCUGCUUACGGACCGGGUCUUGGACGGGGCCGCUUUGGAACAAAAGCCUUUUGGUUUUGCGUCUUAGGGGGAGAGGGACGCCAGUAUCCUGUCCUACGCCUCGCUUGUGACUUGGUUUAGAUCCAAGUUUCGUCGUUGCCGCAGCUAGACAGGAUUGCUCACGUAUGGGCCUCACGAUGGCCCGAAUAUACGAUGUAUGUCCAAACGAAAUGAUAUCCCGUUU